AUGUUUCGCUCAGUGACACGGAAAUUGUCUCCUAGCCUUCUCAAAAAUCACAAAUACAGCUUUAGCACAACGGCAGCUGUCAAUGCCGAUUUCACCCAUGCUGUCAUAGGAGGCGGUGUCGUCGGCCUCGCGGUAGCCCGCCAACUGGCCCAAAGAGACAACACCUCAACCGUCCUCAUAGAGCGCCACGACGCCAUAGGCACAGAAACAAGCUCCCGCAACAGCGAAGUCAUCCACGCAGGAAUCUACUACGGGCCCUCAAGCCUGAAAACAAAACUCUGCAUCCGCGGAAAGAACCUCCUCUACGAGCUCUGCGAGAAGCACGACAUCGGCCAUCGCGGCACUGGCAAAUGGAUCGUCGCCCAGAACGACGUCCAGCAGGAUACCCUCGCAAAGCUUCACAACCUGUGCAAGAACGACCUCGGUGUUCCGACGCGAUGGGUUAGCGGUGAAGAGGUCAAGCGGGACGGUGAAGGUGUGAGUGCUGCGUGUGCGCUCGAGAGUCCGACAACUGGCAUCGUAGACUCGCACGGCUUAAUGCUGUGUCUCCAGGGCCUCUUUGAAGAUGCUGGCGGUGUUGCGGCGCUGAAUUCGCCUGUGUUGAACAUUACUCCCCUUGGGUCCAAGCCUGGGAGUGAAGGGUGGGAGAUUGAAGUCAAGGAUGCUGCUACCGGUGAGACGUCGAGUAUCACGACCGAGACGCUCAUUAAUGCUGCAGGUCUUGGAGCAGCGGUCGUUCACAACAUGAUUGUGCCAUCUGAGAAGCGUCAGAAGUUAUACUAUGCCAAGGGAAACUACUUUUCGUACUCGGCGUCUCAGCCAAAGAUCUCACGGCUCAUCUACCCUGUGCCUGAGCCUGGUAUCGCAGGUUUGGGUACCCAUCUUACACUUGACCUUGCAGGACGGCUACGGUUCGGUCCUGAUGUUGAGUGGAUUGAUGAUCCUAGUAACCUGGCCGUGAACGCGGAACGACUACCACAAGCUAUCAAUGAGAUCAAGCGAUAUCUACCGGGUAUUGAUGAUUCGGCCUUGGUAGCUGACUACGCUGGUAUCCGGCCUAAACUCGCUGGUCCAGAAGCUGUGCGCCAGGGCAAGGGGUUCCAGGACUUCAUCAUUCGAAAAGAAGAAGGAUACGAAGGAUGGGUAAAUCUAUUGGGCAUUGAGAGUCCUGGACUAACAAGUUCCUUGGCCAUUGCUGAGAUGGUGCAGGAUCUACUGUACGGUUCGACAAAGACAGUUUGA